GUGCCCUUGAUCUUCAGGAUGGCAGCUUCCUUGCUCAGAAGAAAAGCAGGGAGUUUAUUCAGAUUGUCCAUAGAAUCUGUUUCGAAAAGGAAUUAUGGUAGAUUAGGAGUGAAGGGAGGAUAUUUAGAGAAAAUAUUAUUAGAACCUAGCUAUAUAGGAAGAACAAGAUGUCUAUCAACUGUAGUUGACGUUAAACCUACAGAUAAACAUUUAAAGAAGAAUGAAGAUGGUGGAGUUGUCGUGGCACCAGAAGAAAAUCUGCCUAAUGAAGAAGAUUUAUACAAAGAAAGAUAUAUUCCUAUAACAAGGCGUUCUAUAAUCAGACGUCUGGUAGAAAAAGAACAGUUUCUAAAUGACGAGGAGAAAAGGAAAUUUACAGAUUUAGCACUGGCUUUAGAUAGUGCUAUUGUUAACAAAUAUCAUGGAAUUCUUCAAGAAUUAAAGAAUCUGUUUGACCCAAUCAAUCCAGAUAAAGAUACCAUCAAAACGAGAACACUGUCUCGUAGAGAGAAGCUAGAUAAUGAAUUUUGGUUGUUAGAGAAACUGGCUGAUAUAAUGGAGAAGGCCAACUUUCAUGAACUAUCCGACAGUACAGUAAAAUGGAGUCUAGCUGAACAUGAAGCUAGGGAAGGUGUCCGGGUCAGUGUCAACCCAACUAAAUAUGAUGUUUUAAGAUACUGGGCAUUAGGAAAAGAGAAACCUGAGAAGGAGAUCAGUUUCAUGGAAAAAUUACGCAGUAAAAUUCUACGUCAACCUCCGAGGAGACCUCUAGAAUAUUAUAAAAGAGUUGUCGUGGCUAUACGGUUGAAAAAGGACAUGAAAUUAAUGUUAAAAGCAUUCAAAGAAGUUCCAGUUAAUGCGUUAGAAAUGUUAUUACCAGAUGGAACUAUUAAAAUGAACACUACUGAUAAAGGUAUCCUAGUAACGUCUGGAGUAAUCGCCGGGGUAGGCAUUAUAGCUAAAUUAGUCACUGUUUUAGCUGAUUUAAAUGUUGAUUGGAUGUUAAUUUUUACUGCUGUAAUGGGAACGAUUGGUGUACGAUCGUGGACUGUGUAUAAAAAUCGUAGAAAUGCUUAUUUAGUGGAUGUAUCUAGGACUUUAUAUUUUAAAAAUAUAGCCAAUAACAGAGGAUUGCUGACAUUACUAGUAGAUAGAGCAGAAGAUGAGAGUUUUAAGGAAGCCUUACUGACCUAUACUUUCUUACUAACACAAAGAUCAGCACUUACUAACCUUAGAGAAAGCAAACUUCAAAGUUCUGCAGAUCUUGGUGGACUAACUACAUUACAAUUGGAAAAGAUGGUAGAAAAUUGGAUUGAGACCACAACUGGUGUAAAACUAGAAUUUGAUUCAACAGAGGCUAUCACAUUAUUAAAACAGUUUGGUUUACUUCAUGAAAGGGGAGAUAAACUCCAUGUCCAGUCCAUUCAUUCAGCAUUGAGUUAUCUGCCCCUGUCACCUCAGACUAUCGUUGCCCGAGCACGAGAGGCUGAUAUAGGAGAAGGUUAUGACCGAGAUAUUUAUCUUGAAACAGAAGAAGAGUACAAGGAAGAAGAUAAGAAAAGUAAAUCAAUCGGCUGGUUUUAA